UAUCGAUUCGAAAGGGGUUAGAUCCGAAACCCUAAUCUUUUUACUUUUAGAUUAUUAAAAGAAAAGAAAUUAAAUUUUUGAAUUUUUUUCCCUUUGUUGAAUUCUUGGUUGCAUUGGUUAAUCGGCACGUGGAGGCCGCGCUUGAUCGAUUUCAUGUUUCUAGUUUUCGGGUCCCAAUUGGGAAACCCUCGCCGGAACCCUACCGGCUCUCGGGAAUUUAAUGGCGUUGGCAGUGUUGGCGAAUCGAAGUGAGUCAAAUUGGCCACCACAGCCGAAGAACAGUGUUGUCGAUUUCAUGGGCAAAGCUCCCUUUACAGCGAAAAAACCAAACCCUAACCCUAAAUUCAACAAGAAACGUCAUAUCUACCGUCAAUUCGCGCAACUUGAUGACGUUGGAGGCCAUGUCGUUGAUGACCCCCCUGCCGUGACUCAAUCCGCGGCUUCUGAUGAUGCGUCGUCGAUUAAUCGGAAAAUAAACGAUUUCAGCUCCGGCGCUUAUGUUAGCUUCCCCAUCAGCUCAUUUACGAGGAAGGAGUUGAUUGAUCUGAAGAAUCGGUUGAUUUCCGAGUUGGAGCAGAUUCGUGAAUUUAAGAAUCGAAUCCAAUCAAAUGAUUUUCACGCUAGAUUCAGCUCCACGAAGAAACCCUUGCCCAAAAAGAACAUUUCUGGCAACAAACGGCCUUUGCCCCCAAAUUUCAGCAAAGAAUUGAAGAGAUUGAACCCUCAAGAGAACGGGAAAGCUUCUAGGGCUCAUUUGAUGAAGAAUUGUUCUCAAAUCUUGAGCAAAUUGAUGAAGCACAAGCAUGGGUAUAUCUUCAAUUCACCGGUGGAUGUCGUUGGGUUGGGGCUUCAUGAUUAUUAUGCUAUAAUCAAGAACCCCAUGGAUCUGGGCACUGUUAAAUCGAGGCUGACGAAGAACUUUUAUGGGUCUCCAUUGGAUUUCGCAGCUGAUGUAAGGCUGACUUUCAAUAAUGCCAUGUUGUAUAAUCCAAAAGGGCAUGAGGUUUAUGCGUUGGCUGAGCAGCUUCUUGCGAGAUUCGAGGAAUUGUUCCGCCCUCUGGGUUUGAAAUUGGAAGAGCAAGAAGAUCCACAAGAAAUGAAUUAUUACGAGGAAGAGUUACAAGCAAGUUCUUGGGAUCACGGGGAAGCUGAGAGAAUGAAGAAAGAUUGGGAAAUUGAUAAGGAAGAUUCCAUUAACAUUGCAUCAAGAUCUGAUAAAAUUGGAGGGGUUUCGGGCUCUGUGUCGAACCAGAAUGCACCACCAUCGCAGAUGCAGUUGCAGCCGCCAGAAAGGAUGGCUUCUCCGGUGAGGCCUCCACCGGUUAAGCCAGUGAAGCUGCCAAAGCCGAAAGCUAAGGAUCCAAACAAGAGGGAAAUGACAAUGGAGGAGAAGCAAAAGUUGGGGAUUGGAUUGCAGAGCUUACCACAGGAGAAGAUGGAUAAUGUUGUUCAUAUUAUAAGGAAAAGGAACGGGCAUUUGAGGCAAGAUGGGGAUGAGAUUGAGCUCGAUAUCGAGGCAAUGGAUACGGAGACACUGUGGGAGUUGGAUCGGUUCGUCACUAAUUAUAAGAAGAUGGUCAGCAAGAUCAAGCGACAAGCUUUGAUGGCAAACAAUGUUGCAUCUAAUGACAGCAAUAGGAGAGAAACAACUGUGGAGAAGAUGGAUGUUGCAAUGGAUAUGAAGAAGCCGAAGAAAGGUGAUGCCGGCGAUGAAGAUGUUGACAUCGGGGAUGAAAUGCCAAUGAGCAGUUUUCCACCUGUGGAGAUCGAGAAAGAUAAUGACCGUGCCAGUAGCAGUUCAAGCAGCUCCAGCAGUUCAAGCAGUGGUUCAUCGUCGUCAAGCGGUUCCGAUUCUGGGAGUUCUUCGGGAAGUGAUUCUGAUGCUGAUGAUGCUCGGUCAUAAAGGCAUGAGUUACAUGUUUCGAAGCUUGACAGCUGAGAUUUUGAGGGGAAAUCCAAGUGGAGAUUAUAGAUGAGGUAGAUUUACUAACAUUGCUAACAAAUUAAAAAAAGUUUAGAUGUGGAUUUUCAGUGUAUUAAAUGUUGAAUGUAUGAACCUUUUUUCUUCUUUUUAUCUUUUGUUGAUGUACAGGGUGGGUUGUUUUUUAAGUGUAUUGUGUGAGUUGUAAUGGUUGUUGCUCCCUUUAGAGGAAAGAAACUGAUGGAAAUGGAAAAUGGGGGUCAUCAUUGCUAGAAAA